AUGCACCUCUUCGUCGACCUUUUCGCGGAGCUCCUGCACGGCUCGCUCAAGCUCAGCAUAGCGGAGACGCUAGUCUCGGUAGUCCGUCCCAAGCGGAGACGGACACUGAUCAAAGCCGCUAGCAUCGGCUAUAUUGACGUCGGAGAGUGCUAUGCAGGCCCAGGUACAAAGCUACGGCAGGAAAGUGGGAGGCCUCAGCGAUUGCUCGAACAAGUUCGCGAUCCAGAAGAACCACAUGGCAUCGCGUCCCUCUUUCUCAACAACAUAUGUCCAGGGAGCAGGCACCCUAGCAAUGCGAGAUACCACGGUGAGAUCCAUCUACAUAUCUCGCAUGCCCGUGCCACUCAGCCGGUCCUCGUCGCCGAUGGGGACCUGCCCGUCCACAAUCGGCUACCCUCGGCACCAAGAUCAUAUCGGUGCCACGAAACCGACGAGGACUACUUGCCUACAGAUAUGCACCACGCGAGAUUCGUCUUUCCCUUUAUCGAUAUGGCAUGUCUAUUCGUUACUAACAUUAGCGGGCCUGACCGCGCCAUAGAGGAGCGGUCACCAACCUCGCCUAUCCGCCCGCACAGCCAACGGAUGCGUGUUAAAGUAGCUCGCAUAGGCCAGCCGGCUGGCCCUGCAUCGCUAACUCGUCAUUUUCAGUCCAUCACCAUCGUGACAUUCUCACCAACCCAACGCGGGAUGUGGCAGAGAAAGCAAUUAGGAACUCUUCGUCAGAAACUCUACCAGGCCAUCCGAGUAGUCCAUCGCGAGCGACGCGACAGGAGCUUUCUCUUCUCCGCUCGCCAUACCGUCGCAUUCCUCCAAGCGGCGUCACGGGACCUAGGUAGGUCGCCACGGUCGCCGGUAGACUUGAUCCAGAUGGCGCGAGCGGCCAAUCCCAUUGCUUCCGAUCUAGCAACCCACCUAGUAAACUUCUUCCGCGGACAUAAUAACGACACGCUAGAGUCCUGCGCCAUUCCCACAGCCGCCUCGAGCCUCUUGCUAGACCAGUACCCACCUAGGAUACACCAUUUCCAUCCCCAGGACGUGUUUCGUUCCUUGUACCGUGAUGCCUGCGCCCAAGCCACCCUUGAGCUAGAAGAGAUUCGAGCAGCAACUGCGAUACCGCCGCUACCAUUCGACCUCAGUCGGUCGCUGGAGCGUAGCAUGACGGAACUAUUCCCCCAGCUCCAGCAGCUCGAUUCGGCAAGAGAUACCCAUCGACAUCAGUUGACGAGUGUGCAACUACACCAGCGGCUUCCGUCCUCGGAAAGCACCUACUUUGUUUGUGUUCGACGUAGACCCCAAUAUUGCCUGCCCUGUCGGCACUGGAUAUGCCAGAUAUAUGUCUGCACCUUUGCCCGCCUUAAUGCGGGCGAUCCGUAUCUAUUCCAUGCGGACGAGUAUCUACUAUACGGCGCAACGGCUGGUCCCUGCAUCCGCGUCCGACCAGCCACCGCGACCACACGCAUCCUAAGCAUUAAUAGGGGCGGCACAAGGGGUCGCGCUCCCCUCGAGUUCCUUAACAACUUUGACGUCGUCUUCGGCACCAGCUCAGGGGCCCUUAUCGCAUGCGCGCUAUGCAUCAACGGCUGGCCCGUGGACCAAUGCAUUAAGUACUUUGAAACGUCGUCCAAGCUCGCGUUCGAGGAAUCUCGCUACUCCCGCAUCGUGCGGUCGCUCUUCCACGCCGCACCCUUUGUGGCGCCUGCUAUCGAGCUCGUCAAGUCCUUGCUUAUCGACUACAAGUACGCCGCCGACCAGCUCGAAGCCAUUCAACAGGAGGCAUAUGGCGCCCGUCGAAGCAUUAUUAAUUCCGCUAAAGCGAGCCGCGCGGGGACCCUAGUAGGCGUAACACUAACGAGCGCACAGGACAGCAACACUUUUAUCGUGACCAACUACAACGCAGAGAAUCAUAAGAAUCAGGAGAUCCUUAUUCACAUACUAAGUAUGGCCGUCAGUUACUUCACGGCCCACCAUAUCCAAGGCGCCGGCACAUUCCAGGAUAGGGGCCUCGGGUACAACAACCCAGCCCCCAUUGCCAUCAAGGAGGCGGCAAUUCUUUUCCCAGCGGCGCCUAAGCCAAGCACCGUCGUCUCGCUAGGGACGGGUUCCGCUGGCUCCCGUACCACGGCGAGCGCGGGGAUCGCUACGAUGUGGGAGGAUUCCCAAGAGGAGGACAAAAGCCAUGGCGCCUAUUUUCGGUUCGACAUGGAGUACGACGGGAUACAGCCAGCGUUAGACGACGUGACCAGCAUGCCGCACGUCGCGCAGAUAGCACGUGACAGCGUGCUUGGUUCGCCGCAGAUGGAGCGCCUGGCGCGACGCGUGCGUGCUGAGCUAUUCUACUUUGAGCUAGCCGCCACGCCGCGUCUGGUGAAGGGUGCAUACCACUGCACAGGGUAUAUCCUCUGCCGCCAUCGCGCAGGAAACGAGCAGUUCGACGUGUUCAUGCAGCAGCUGACAGGGCGCUCAGCCUUCCACUGCUUGGAGUGGACCACCCCGGAUACGUCUGUGUCAGCCGCCCACAGGGACGGCGGGGGUAGUUUUCGCCUAGCUGUCGAGCUACGCGUGUUAAAGCGGACAACGCCAUGUCGCAUCACGCUCCAGGAGGGGCCAUCGUCCUUUCCUUACGACAUCAGCGGCUCCCCAUUCACACUCGAUUGGCUCAUGGAGCAACAGAAGCUCGGUGUGAGUUUUAGUCGGGCUAACCAUCGGUAG